GAGGAAGUAAAAGUUUUAUAAAAUAACCCAACAUUUCACAAUUGAGAAAUUGAUCAAAGAUGUUGUUUCCUUGAAAGGUGUUGGAAUUUACAAACCUCAUUUUCUAUUAUUUACAACAUAUAAACAAAAGGAUGUAUCAAGAACCAAAUUACACGGAGACUGUGUCAAUGAGAUUAUCUGAAGUAUUAGCUGAUAUAGGUGUUGAUGAGAGAAUAGUGUUGAAGAGAAGGAGAACAUGGCUUCUGACAGAAUCAUUGAAACAUGUGAAUAACCAAUUAUGGGAAAAGGAUAAAAGUAUGUUAUACUAUUUUGGGAGUCAAUCAGAAGGUACAACUACCAUAGGGAUGGAGUCAGACACAGAUGCACUUUAUUGUUUAAAUGAUUUUCCUGUAAUACAAGACUGGUGUGAAUGGAUACAUGGUGUACCUAAUCUAUUGAUGAUUCAAGAUAAUUUUGUAUCUCCUGGAUAUUGUUUACUUCAAGCACUGAGACAUGAUGCUCCUCUUCCUAUUGAUAAUGAAUCUAAUCAAUACUUCUUCAGAGACAGAACAGGAAAAUUACUGCUAAAACAAUCUAUUAUAUCUGGUGAUGAAUAUUUGGACACAUUAGAAUUACAUGGCCCAGCAAGAGUACAACCAGGAUCACAUGGUUACUGUGAUACAGACAUUGUGGCAGCUCUGCACUGUAAAACAUGGCCACAAAAAGCUAGACAAUGGUUGAAUCAACAAGGUGAAGGUCAAUGGCCGUCUCCUGAAAUGAAACAAUAUUGCAAUAGAACUGGAUGCUUUGUUGUUCCUGUUGGAUGUAGAUGGAGUGACUAUAGGCAACUUGAAUGGAGAAUAUCAACAUCUUUAGCUGAAAGGUGUUUAAUGUUAAACAUUAAUAUAACACAGAUUCGCUGUUAUGUCUUGAUGAAAAUGAUUAUACAAUCAUUAAUUGAUCCGCAAUUUGAAAAUGUAAUUUCCAGUUUCAUGUGUAAAACUAUACUCUUUCACUGUAUUGCCAAUUCACAUUUUAACAUCUGGAGAGAAAACAAUUUACUUUCUUGUCUAUUAUUGUGUUUAAAUCUCCUCUAUAACAAUAUUAUUAAUGAAAACUGUCCACAUUUUAUCAUAUCUGAGAACAAUUUGAUGAGGGGUAAGAUAUCAUCUGUAGUCAAACCAUAUAUCCUGGAAAUACUCAACAACAUUAUCAACAGUGCAGGAGUGGCACUUCUUGGUAUUAAAUGUGAUGAUCUUGGUUCCAGGCUUCAUCUCAAGUUUUAUAACUUAUGUCCAUUCAAGACAAGUGAUCGCAUUUCAGUACAUCUACUAUAUUUUACAGCUGGAAGCAUUUCAAAUUUAUUUCUUUUGAAUUUUUUCACUCUUAAAAACAAAAGUCCUUAUGAAGCUGUACAGACAUUGACAAACUCUAUUUCAAGUAGUGUCAAUAUCCAAUAUGGAGGAUUGCCUGAGACAGCCUGUCAUCUUCUGUUGCCAAUGUACUGUACAACACUUGGAUCUGUACUGGCCUCUAUCAACAUCAAUCAGCACAACACUAUAUCUUCUGAUGUCUUCAAGCUCAUGUCACUUGGCCUGAAUACAGAUGUUGCAUCAAGUAAACUGAAAUUAGCUUCAAUCUUAUAUUGUGUAAAAGAAAUGCAAAAAUCAGACCUGGUUCUCAGUGAGAUUGAAAGAAGCUAUGGUCUGCAAGUUGUUGAACCAGUCUGUGGUUGCUAUAGAUUUGAAUUAAUUUUUGAAAGAUCAGGAUUUUUUGCAAUAUCUGACAAACAUAAUGAAGAUGUCAUACAGUAUGCAACAGCAUCAUGUGUCAGGUUUUUGCCAUGUGAAAUUCAUUGUGUACCCAUUGAACUCCGAUAUGAAAUGGUAAGAUCUACAGCGAAGGAUAGGAAAUUCCGCACCGGAAAUGACAUAUGGAUGGAUAACGCUGUGGUGGAUUCUCUUCCUUACCUCUAUUUUCUACAAUACAAGGUUAAUAGCCAUCUUUGGAAAAAUAAUGAAAAACAAUCUGCUCUCUCAAAACUUUUCAGAACUAUAAUAACCGAACCAAACCUUGGACACCGGGAAACAGCUUUCAAUAUUCUCGGAAAGUGUAUGGAACAAGAAGGCAGAGUAAGGGAUGCUCUACAGUGUUAUUUGUUGUCUCUAAAUCUAAGGAGGAGAAACAAUGCUGCAAAGAUACAUAUCUGCACACUUCUAUCUGUAUUGGAAAAUUUCAGGGCAUAGAAUGUAUAACAGAAAGGCGGAAAUAACUCAAGUAUAAAUUAUGAUAGAAGAGUGACAUAUAAAAGUAAAGGAACAGUCCUGCUUAACAUUACAUUGUAUACGUCUAUAUAUGUAAAACAUUUAUAAUUAUAAAGAUAAAAAGAAACUUAUAAUUUAAUGAAAUUCAGUCAGUUGUAAAUGGAAAUAACAAAAUUAUAAAUUAUGAUAAAAGAGAGACAUAUAAAUGUAAAGGAACAGUAUUGCUAAACAUUAAAAUAUAUGUGUAAAUAUUUGUUGUUAAACAUAAGUUCAAUAUUUAAUAAAUUCAGUCAUCCCUAAAUGGAAAGUGUACAUAUUUGCAAGCAACUGAAAAUAGUAGAAUUACACAACUGGAUGUAAGAAUGGCAAUUUAUUAUUGAUGUUGAACAUAUCAUUGUAAUAUACAUGUACAUAGACUAAGAUAGAUAUAAGUGUCUUUGUAUACUGAAUUUAUUUAAGUGAUAAAAUAAUAAGCUGUGUCAGGACAUAUUUUUUAACGUCCCAUUUUAGUUCUUUUUCUAUUAAUUGUAUUUUUAUUUAUA